AAGAGUUACUUACUGUCUCAUUCAUAAACGACCUUUUUACGAAAGUGCAUGCAGAAUAUAAAAUACCAAAAUAUACAAAUAUUGAACAGCGAAAAUUGUGCUUCCAGAGGACAGUGUUUCACGACAGAGCAAUUCUUUGAGGGAAAAUUUUUGUAAUGUUGAGAAACUUUCCUGGAUUGUUUCCGAAAAAAUAGAUCUUUAAAAAUUGAUAUAAGUAUUGUUAUGGCUGGGAGAUGUUUGUUAUAGUGACACGGUAUAUGAUGUUUUCACGCCUCCGUGUGUUAGAAGUUACCUUUUGGGUGUAGAAACAGCAGACGACACGCUCCAGCGGCCUGUCAGUCAAAUGCUCGUCAGCGCGUGAGCCUCGACUUGGGCAGAAACGAUUACCAUUAGGUGAACAGCAUAUACAAAUCUCACCUUAUUAAACGAAAUGAAGAGUCGAUGACAAGCAAUGCAGAUUAAUUAAUGUGUGCAAUUAACGAUUUAUUUCUAAGGACGAGAUACUCCAAAGGACGUAGAAAUCUGUGUAAAAAAAAGAAAACAUUAAAACAAGUCCAAUGAAAAUCAUGUCUGCACCUCCGCGCUUGGAUUCAGCGGAAAGUAUCCGGGACCAGUAUGAAGCCCUACGGAAGCUGGCCAUGGUGCAAGUCGGACCCCCAAGGAAUCCCAACAAACCUUUAACCUCGUUCAGUAUUUCUGAUAUUCUGGGAGGGAAUAACAACAAUGUCAAUCGGCGACAAGUCCAGAGGAACUUAAACAACAACGCUGUGAGAAGCAUAGUGAGGCCCUGGGACUCUCGGUGUAGUCCAGGGAGGGACAGCGAGUGCUCCUCCGACGAAGAGGAGAUCAAUGUAGAGGACGACGAACCGUCCCUACCCCUCUUACAGAACGACUCACCCCUGGACGCCUUGAUGAAGAUGGCCAACAAAACGUUUGAGGGCUUAGAGACAGCGGAAUCGGCCGAAGCAAAACGGAGAGAGCAAGCCGCCCUGUUCGGAAAACACCAACCUCCGAAAAAGCGCCGGAAGUCACGUACAGCGUUCACGAAUCAACAGAUCUAUGAGCUGGAGAAAAGAUUCCUGUAUCAGAAGUACCUCACACCGGCAGACAGGGACGAAAUUGCUCAGAACCUCGGACUUUCUAAUGCCCAAGUGAUCACGUGGUUUCAAAACCGCAGGGCAAAGUUGAAACGCGAUCUCGAAGAGUUAAAAAAUGACGUGACUGCUACACAAAUAUUAAAAUCACCCAGUAGUAAAAGAGACGAUGAUACAUCCGAUAAAUCAUACACCACUGACCCCGAAUCCAGGUCAGCAGAUGAGGACGAAUGCGAACCUUCACCAUCAAAAGUACAGAGGACUUCCGAAAGUGAAACGGAAAAUAACUCGGAAAAGGACGAUUGUUCUGACGUUGAUAUGGAAAUACAUUCACCCUGAUAUCGUAUCGGCCAAAAUGUUCAGUUUUCAAUGAUUAUCCACAUGUCCCAAAAUGUGCCAUAUCAUCCCAGUAUGUUAUCAAGCAACACUUUUGGUAAUGUUAGGAAUAAAUUCCGAAAAAAAGACUGGUACCUGCAUGGAAAAGGUCAUGACCUAUCAGAAAAAAAAGCUUCGGUUUCUUUGGAGAGCGUUGUUCAUUUGACGCUAGUGAUAGUUUUAUAGUGACAAUGUCCAGCGUAUGUCUCGAAGUGAAAGACUAAGAGAACUUAUUUUCACGAAUUACAGCAUAUCAGGCUGUGACGUAACAGUGGCAUCCAUUGAUUUUCUUCAUCUGUUGUUGCAAUAUAGCUCAGAUCGACAGAAAAUGCACGAGCAAAUUAUUCAGUGCAGACAUGCAUUCAAUAUACUGAGAACCGCAGCUAUAUCAAAUGCUCCCAAACAGGUACUUUUUGCAUAUUCUUUAUACCACCUUGAUGGACACGUUGCUAUGGCUACAGUGUAGGUAGAUGAUGUUUAGACCUCCGCUAGAGUAUCGACUCGACACAGGUUUUGCGCCAUUCUGCUAACCAUGUUCUUGAAUUUUUAUUUGUACAUAAGAAAUCAUGGACAUAUUAAAUAUGGAUAUAAAAUUAU